CAAUACUCUCUGUAUCAAUCGCUUCUUGCCCCACGUAUAUAGUGCUCAUUCUUUGUGAUGGACUGCGGUUCAUUCACCGAAUCAUCCACCACUAUCAAAAUGGCUACAAACACGGUCGCACAGUCCAUCACAACAUCCAGCAUGGAUCCAUCGCGCCAAGGCGAUGCUAUCGAGAUGUCUUCCUCAAGCCAGAGUCCACUCAACACCACAGAAGAUAUCGUGAGAAACGAGGAAGAGCCACCGGAACACGCCACAAGUGCAAUUCCUGAUGGCGGGUAUGGCUGGACAAUUGUCGGAUCAUGCUUCACUCUACUCUUCUGGAUAAAUGGGUACACUACAGCAUGGGGAGUUUUGCAAGCUGCCAUUGUUCAGUCACCUCGACUUCACACUAAUAUUCGAACCAUUACCUUUGUUGGAAGUUUAUACAUGGCCUGCAUGGUCGCGUUUGGCUUGAUAUCGGUCAGAUUAUCAAGAGAAUAUGGCAUUCGCAUCACCAGUCUCGUAGCGACAAUCUUCUUUGGAUCAGGCUUGAUCAUCACGAGUUUCACCCUCGAGCAUCUCGCAGGUCUUUUCUGCAUUGCUGGGCUACUCGUUGGUCUAUCAACCUCUCUGCUCUACACGGCUACAAACACCAUGCCCACUCAAUGGUUUAGUCGGAAGCUCGGUACAGCUAAUGGAAUCGUCAAAGCGGGAGGCGGCGUUGGCGCAACUGUGCUUCCUUUGGCAACGCAAGCCAUGAUCGACAAGGUUGGGCUUCAGUGGACUUUCCGGAUUCUGGGUGCUUCGAUUCUUGUCACCGGAAUCCCGUGCGCCCUUCUUCUCACAGAGCUUACUCGCGGUGCAACAACAUCGAGAUUUGACUGGUCACAGUUAAAGAGCAUGCCUUUUCUCACGCUCACCAUGUCAGGCGCUGUCGGAGUAUUCGCUCUCUUUGUGCCUCCAUUCUUCUUACCCGUAUUCGCGAGGUCGAUUGGUCUCUCUGCUUCAACAGGCGCCGGGCUUGUCGCAGGCUUCGGCGCAUCUACAGCCGUUGGUCGUCUCUUCGGCGGUUGGAUCUGUGAUCGCAUUGGCGCCUUCAACUCCCUCGCGCUUGCAGCCCUCAUCAACAGUGUCUCCAUGCUAGCGAUCUGGCCUGUCAGUUCAUCACUCCCGCCACUCUUUGCCUUCGCCAUCAUCAACGGGUGUGCCAAUGGGAGUUUCUUUGUUGCACUGCCGACAGCUGUAGCUGCACUUGCGCCUGGAUCCGCUGCUGCGUCUAUUAGUCUGAUGACGUCAUUCUGGACACCUGGAUACUUGAUGGGAGCGCCAUUGGCGGGGAUCUUGAUUGAUGCUGCGGGUGCGUCGGAGGCUUCGUCGAUUGAGCCGUAUAGAGCUGCUAUCUUUUACGCGGCGGGUGUUGGAUCUGCUGCGACGUUUUUGAUUGUUGCCUCGAGGCUCAUGUUGAGCAAGAAGUUGAUCAAGAGGUUGUAG